AUGACGACAAGUACCGACGUGACGACUAACUUCACGGCAAAUGAGGACAGCUACGAGGCGCUAGCGACGCUAAAGGCCUGCGGAUGGUUGGUCCUGCUUCUCUAUGUGCCUCUGUCCUUGGCCGUCGCAUGGCGUACCUCACUACAUUUCCUGCACUCGAAUCGCAGUGCCAAGAAGGUUUUUCACGUGAUGCUGCUAGUGUCAAUGCUGUUGCAGUUGCCAGAGGCCGUCGAGUGGAUCUGGUACCCGCUGUCGCAGAGCUGGGAGGCCACAUACCUCUGUCGCCUCUACUCGCUGCUCUUGCUGUCCUUCUGCAAAUCGUACCUAGCUGUCUGCUGGGCCGGCGUGGUGUCAGCAGGUCAGCGAAUGGCAAAGCGACGUAUUUCCAAGCUGGUCGCCGUGCUCAACUCGCUGUUGGUGCUGUGGGGCCUGCUGGUGCCCGUCUUACUGUUUCGAUACGAAGACGACGUGUACGAUCAGUACAGCUUUAUGAACAGCAAGCUUCGGGGCGUGCUGACGUACUCAGGUGCGAUUGUCGUGCUGGCGUACGGGGUCCUGCUGAGCUAUCACGGCUUUCGUUUGCGUCGACGUCUGCUGCUUGCCCGCGGCACCGUUCCUGCUGCCAGCGUGGAGAAGUCUCUCAAGCAGCUUAUGCUCGCCAUCUCCAUUUUCAUUGUCUCGGACGUGGUUCGCUUGCUGGCGUUAUUACUCAACGAGUCUGCCGUUGCCAUGUCCAUGACCGUAUACCUCAUCUUAUGCAACAUCAUUCCGAACGUUUUUCCAACCAUUUGCAUGGUGUACCUUAUGAGGAGAGUCACGGGCAAGGGUGACAAGGACGUGGAGACCAGCCACAUGAAGGGACUUCGUGGCAAACGCACGCUGUCAAAAUACAUGACUGACCCUGACUCUGACGGAAGUAGCAGAGGAAGCACUGGCGGCGAGACUACUCGCGCCUACGAAGACAACGCCAUUGUGAGAGCGCAAUGGGAACUUCAAGUCCAGCAACAAUAUAUUUGUCAUCAACAAGAUCAGAUCCAGAGCGAUAGGGAAGCAGAGCAGUCUCCGGCAUCCUGCUGGGUCCGUGAGUCCGUGGAGAUUCGUUGA